CUGGCAUUACACACAGACAAGUAGAGAUGAAUGUAAAUAAAUAACAGCAUAAUAUAUAUAACCUGCUUUCCUCGCUUCAGAUGUAAGUAAAUGGCAAAGAGAAUCCCCAUCCAGCUUGCCCGGGAGAUGGUGCAGCGGCCCUGGAAUGCCCUGCGCCCGUUUCAACAGGAGGGGCCGCUCGCCAGGGUCCCGGAGCACUACAAAAAGUUCUUCUGGGAGUGGAAGCAAUGCCCAAAAGCCCCUGUGCACUACAUACCCACGCCGGGCAAGUUUGAGAAGCUACCUAAUGGAGACAUCGUGCCCGUGCAGAACCUCCCCCUACCGCUGCUGUACCCCAAGGAGAUGCACGAGGGGAUAUGGGGCGGCGAGGGCAUCAUCAAAGGGUUUCAGAAGAGGAAGCCGACAACAAGGCGCGUCCCCCACUACUGGGUGCCGUUUGUCAAGUCCUCGGUGGUGUACUCGGAGAUCCUGGACCGCCACAUGACCAUCAACGUCACGGACCGCACCCUCAGGCUCAUCGACCAGCACUACGGCUUUGAUAACUACAUACUGGAGAGAAAGGAGCUCCUCAAAGCACAAAAACACAUCCUGCCUGAGGAGGAGGCUGAGUGGUAUGGGCUGAACCUCAAGGAAGCCAGCACCAAACAGAAGCGCAUAGAGGAGGCUGCCAACCGCCCUCAACCCCUCAAGCACAUCUUCAGGGCGGAGUUUGUGGAGUAUCUGAAGGCCAGUGAAGAGGCGAAGGCAGUGGCAGCGGCAGCAGCGGAAGAAGAGAGCUCAUCGGCAAGCAGCUGGUUGACGAAAGUGAAUCCCUUCGCCAAAAAGAAGGACGAGUGAGAGAAGACGGGACGGAAGAAGAAGAGGAAUAAAGAAGAAAUAGAAGAAAAUGAAGAAAUGGAAAAAAAAAAGAGAAGAAAACGCUGAGGAAAAAAAAUUAAAGGAAUAAGAAAAGGAAAAUGAGAGAGAAGAGAAACAAAGGAAGAAGAAGGAUAAGAAUAAAGAAGAGGAAGAAGAAAUGGAAGAAAACUCAGAAAAAAGGGAUAAGGAAGAUGAGUGAGAAGACAAAACGAGAAGUAGAGGAAUAAAGAAGAAAUGGAAGAAAAAAUAAGAAGAAAAUGCAGACAAUAAAAAUAAUAGAACGAAGAUGAAAUAAAGAGAAGCAAAUAGAAGAGAUGAAGAAAACUGUGUGCUAGAGAGAAUAAAGAAGAAAAUGAAGACAAAAAAAAACAAAAUAAAGAACAAAUGAAAUACAGAGACAAAAAGAGAAAUGCUGAAGAAAAUAGAUAAAGAUAAAUAAGGAAAGAGGAAAUGUAAGAACUAAAGAAGAAAAUGAAGACAAAAAUACAAAACAAAAAUUAAAAAGAGGGAAAAAAGAGGAAUGCAGAAAAAAGAAGAAAUGGGAGAAAUAAACAAGAAAAUGAAGACAAAUAAAGAAGAAAUGUAAGAAAUAAACAAGAAAAGGGAGACAAAAAAAUAAAAGGAAGAAAAUGAAACAAAGAAAGCAAAGAAAAUCAAGUAUGUGACAAGCUGAUAAUACAUGUUACUUGUCUUACUUAGAAUUCUCUUUGUUAAUGUACAGUUGCUUUGUUAAGUGUGUAAGUAAAGUAAGUGUGUGCGGUGUAACUUGUAGAUAUAGUAAAGAGUCUUGAGUA